AUGGCGGCCAUUAUUUUCCGAAAUUUCAGAGUAACCGCGGCGAGAGGAUUUUCACAAGUUGCAUCUAAAUACCGAACAAGAUUGCUCUAUGAUCCCACUUAUCGCUUGGCUAGUUUUGCUGUUGAUCAAUACAAUAAGAAAAAGAAAGCAAAUCUGAAGUUUGUCGAGGUUGUAGAUGUAAACUCGUACAUGGUUGAAGGAAUAUCGUAUGACGUCACAUUGAAGGCCAAGGAUGGAGAAAAAAUGAAUUUCUAUAAAGCAAAUAUUUGGGUGCGACCUUGGUUAAACAAGGAGGAGCUAACGGAGUUCAGGCUUGCUGUUGAUCCCACUAAGGAAUUGGCUUGUUUUGCUAUUGAUGAAUACAAUAAGAAAGAGAACGGAAAUCUGAAGUUUGUCAAGUGUUUAUACUUCAAGAUGUACUCUGUUGUGGGAGAGUUGUAUCAUAUCACGUUGGAGGCCAAGGAUGGAGAGAAUGUUAAUGUUUAUAAAGCAGAAGUUCGGGAGCGGUUAUAUCAGCAAAAGGGGUUCUUGCUAACAGAAUUCAAGCUUGAUGGUGAUGCUUCUUCUGUUGACUCGGAGAAGUUUCCAGAAUUUAAGAGUGUUUUGUCUAGUAUUUUCCUAAAUUUAAAAGCAAAGGCGGCUAGUAUAUGGGCGGCAGGAUUUUCCCAAACAGAGCAAAGCUGCAAAGACCUAACGAUCACAACAAAAUCGAAGAAGUUGAAUCCAAUCGAUCCUCCUACCAUCAAUAACUUGGCUCGUUUUGCUGUUGAUCAACACAAUAUCAAAAACAAAAAGGACUUAAAUCUGAAGUUUGUGAAGGGUAUAGAUUCAAAGCAGUACUUGACUUAUGGAAACUUUUAUGACGUAACAUUGAAGUCCAUGGAUGGAGAGAAAGUGAAUGUCUAUCAAGCAGCGAUUUGGGAGCGACCUCGAUUGAACUUCCAGCAGCUAUCGGAGAUCAAGCUUGUUGGUGAAGCUCCUUUGUUGAUUUAG